AUGGAGAAUGCCGUGGAAACCCGCAACCUGUCUCGCAAAGUCAUAUCAAUUGCAGCUGGAGAAGCGCAUACUCUCGCUCUUACUGGUGAUGGGAGAGUGUAUUCUUGGGGGAGAGGAACCUUUGGCCGGCUCGGCACUGGUUCAGAAGCCGAUCAGCUUUUCCCGACCAGGGUAAAAUUUUUUGGUUCUGAUGAUGAAAAAGAAGAGAAGCUCAAGAUUGUUGGAAUUGCUGCUGGAGCUUAUCACAGUCUAGCCAUUGCAGAUGACGGAUCUGUUUGGGGCUGGGGUUAUAAUAUACAAGUAUUCCUUGAUCCUUACACGGAUGGCCAAAUUGGUGUUAAUGGAGAAAAUUCUUUGGUGCCGUGUACAUUAGAGGGUUUCCUUGAAUUGGGGUCUCCUGAUACCUCAAUGCAAGGUAAAGAAUUGAAGAGCGGGAAGGCGGUGAAGAUUUCUUCUGUCAAAGCUGGAGGAAUGAUGUCACUGGCAAUCGACAAUCUCAGGGGUUUAUGGAUGUGGGGCAAUUGUCCAAAUUAUGAGCAAAGCAAGUCCUCAGAAGAGAAAUUUUCUCUUGUUAGCAGUUCUUCUCCAAUCCCAAUUUGGAAUUUUCAUGGUCACACUGUUGUUAAGGUGGCAUGUGGAAACGAGCAUGUCGUGGCAUUAGUGAGCGCUGAAGAAACUUACAAAGGUGGUGAUCUUAUAUGCUACUCGUGGGGUGGCAACAACUAUGGCCAGUUAGGUUUGGGAGACAAUGAAAGCCGAUUACAACCCGAAGUCAUAGAAACGUUUAACUCACAGUCUCCUUGGGAGGUAUACGAGAUAGCAUGUGGUGCUUCCCACACGGCAAUACUUGCUAAGAAAAAGAGACCGAGUGACACUUUAGAAAGUUUCUGUUGGACGUUUGGCUUAGGGGAUAGAGGGCAGCUUGGCCAUGGAACUACCAAAAAUUUUUCGUCUCCAGAACCUGUAAAAGGACUGCCACAGAGCAUAUUCCUAAUAUCAGUCGACUGUGGCUUAUUUCACACAAGCGUUGUCUCAUCAGCUGGAGAAGUGUGGUCUUGGGGGAUGGAGAAGGGCCUCGGUCUAUGCCCCGAUGCUACUUUUACUAGGGAUGGUGCCGGGGAUGCUAUUUCUCCUUUACUGUUUCCUUGUACCGACACCCACGAUUCAAAAUUUCCUUCAACUUUGGAAGUUGCAUGUGGUGCAGCUCACACUGUUCUUGUAGCAGAUGGUGGACUUAAACUAUGGUCUUGGGGCAGGGGACGUAGUGGGGUCCUCGGAAACGGUAAGACAGUCGAUUGUUAUGCACCAACUCUAGUAUCGUGGCCACCGCUCUCGGAUGAUUUCAGGGACGAUGAAUCAGAAGGGGUCCAGAAAAAGAAGACUGAAGAAGACAAUCCCAAAGAAAUGGAUAAAAGAUUAUCUAUGGCAAUGGAGGAGAUGAAGCUCCUUGAGUCGAAACUUUCCAUAACAGAAAAAUACGCUAGUAUACUGCAUGGUUCGAUCUACGGUAGGCCUUUCCAAGAACAUGAUAUUCCGUCCUCACUCAAGAACUCGGGUUCAUUUGACAUUGCAAAAGAAUGGGAGAAUAUGUUGGAGUCAUCAGAUAGUAGAAAACUGGUUCGUCUGGAGAUGUUUCAUCGAAACAUGCUUCGUGCUGUAAAAGACAAGCUGAUGAAGAGAAGGAUUGAGGAAAUGAUUCGAGAGAGCCUCAACCAAGUGCUACCGGAACUACUCAAUAAACGUUCAGAAUAA